AUGCCAUCUGAACUAAUGGACUCACAUGGUUUGUCCCCAUCUUUGUUCUUAUCCGAAGAGGUGCAACAUCCUAAUGAGAGACAAAUUGGGUUCAGGAAGACAGAUGGUAUGCCUGACAACUACGGUCUAAAAGAUGGCAACGUAUAUGCAGUUGGUGACAGUUCGGUUGUGGAAAAACAAAAACAGAUGUCAUCUGAUUCUCAUAUGUUGAAGCGCUUUGAUGUCCCUAAUCUUUACCGUAGCCAAGACCAUAAUAAAGUUCAUAUUAACUUAUUAGAGAAUAACACAGUGGGAGUGGGAGCAGGGAGAGCAACUAGCCAUUCUUUGAGGAGAGCUGUUGAUAGUGAUAAAGGAAACAGAUCUAAUCUGAACACGGAACAUAAAUCUUAUUAUCUUAAUGCUAUGGGCGAACACUACGAGAAUGGCCUCUUUUCAAGUUCAUUAUCGGAUCUUUUCAGUAGAAAAUUGAGAUUAUCAGCAAAUAAUAAUAAGAAUAAUAAUGGCAUGUAUGGUCAUUCUGUUGGAGCUGCUGCCUCCCAGUACGAAGAAGAGGAACCAUUUGAAUCUCUUGAAGAGAUUGAGGCCCAAACUAUUGGGAAUCUACUCCCAGACGAUGAUGAUUUGCUCUCUGGGGUGACUGAUGGGCUUGACCUUGACUGUAAAGUGCAACAGCAACCAGGCAGUGGUGAUGAUGUGGAAGAAUUGGACUUUUUUAGCAGUGUCGGGGGGAUGGAGCUUGGAGAAGAUGGCGGACAAAGAAAUUAUGAAAUUUCUGGGGAACAACACCACCCCCAUGGAGAAAACCCAUCAAGAACACUUUUUGUGAGAAAUAUCAACAGCAAUGUGGAAGAUUCCGAGUUACGCAUCUUGUUCGAGCAAUAUGGUGAGAUCCGCACUCUGUACACAGCCUGCAAACAUCGUGGGUUUGUGAUGAUAUCGUACUAUGAUAUAAGAGCAGCCCGACGAGCCAUGCAAGCUCUUCAGAACAAGCCAUUGAGGCGUAGAAAGCUUGACAUUCAUUACUCCAUUCCAAAGGACAACCUCUCGGACAAAGAUGUUAAUCAAGGCACUGUUGUGAUAUAUAACCUCGAUUCUAGUGUCUCUAAUGAUGAACUUGGCCGUAUUUUUGGCGUCUAUGGUGAGGUUAAGGAGAUCCGUGAAAAUCCACAAGGAAGUCGUCACAAGUCCAUAGAGUUUUAUGAUAUUAGAGCUGCAGAAGCUGCUUUAUGUGAAUUAAACAAGAGUGACAUUGGAGGAGGGAAACAGAUGAAGCUUGAACCCAGCUGUCCCGGUGGUUCUAAACGGUAUAGCUGGUUUCCAUUUCCCGAGCUGGAUCUUGAUGAAACUAGUGCGUUGUUGCAAAUGUGUAGCCCUCCUACUGAUUUCACAACAGAAAUAUCUGGACCAGGUUCACAUGUUCGAGUUAACAUGGACAAUGGAACUCGGUUGGGUGUUCAUUCUGCAACUGCUGCUGCCACUCAACUAUUAGAUGUGGAAUUCCAACAUCAACAUCAACAUCAGCAUCAACAUCAACAUCAACGUGGCAUCGGUAUUGGCAUCAUCCCAUCACUGAAAUAUGAUUUCCGGAGCACACCAAAUUACCACCCUCACUCACUUCCAGAGUAUCAAGAUGGAUUGACCAAUAACUUUCUAUGCAAUUCUCCUAGUACCAUGGCUGGCAGAAUGUCUGAAAGGGUGGCGGGGAACAGGCAGCAGCAGUUUAACAGAAUCGGUGGUGGUGGCUCAAUUGGACGCUCACUUGAACUUAACGACACUGUGUUUGGCAGCUCUGCUGGGAAUGCUGCCACUCAUCCGUACAUGUGGAAUCCUUCUCCCUCUCCACAUAGCCAUAACAUGAUGUGGCCCAAUUCACCAUCUUUAAUGAACGGGGUCGGAAAUGCUCAUAGUGCUCCACUGGUGCAUGCUCUUCCCAGAGCACCAACUCAUGCUGCCAACACUUUUCUGCAUAUCAACAACCAGCAGCAGCAGCAGCAGCAGCAUGUGGGAUCCGCACCCUCUGUGAAUCCUUCUAUCUGGGAUAGACGCCACUCUUAUGCAGGGGAAUCCCCUGAAGCAUCAGUUUUCCAUCCAGGUUCUCUUGGGAAUAUGAAUAUGAGGGUUCCAGGUCUGGAUUUUGUGUCUCAUUCGCAUAAUAUGUUUCCUCCUCAUAUGGGUGACCUGCCAAUUCCAUCAAAAACCAUCCAUCAUCAGAAUAAUGUAAUGUUUCCUACUCGAGGACAACUGAUUCCUAUGAUGGGUUCGUUUGAUUCUUCUUCUUCUGGUGACCGGGCUAGAAUCCGUAGAAAUGAAGCCACUUCAAAUCAGGCCGACACCAAGAAACAAUUUGAACUCGAUCUGGACCGUAUAAUGCGUGGGGAAGACAGAAGGACCACACUCAUGAUCAAGAACAUCCCUAACAAGUACACUUCUAAAAUGCUGUUGGCUGCAAUUGAUGAACGCCAUCGUGGAACAUAUGAUUUUAUCUACUUACCCAUUGAUUUCAAGAACAAAUGCAAUGUGGGUUAUGCGUUCAUCAACAUGACUGAGCCUUCCCUUAUCGUUCCGUUCUAUCAGGCGUUUAAUGGGAAGAAGUGGGAGAAGUUCAACAGUGAAAAGGUGGCAUCCCUUGCAUACGCUCGCAUACAGGGAAAAGCUGCACUGAUUGCCCACUUUCAGAAUUCAAGUUUGAUGAAUGAAGAUAAACGCUGUCGCCCAAUCCUUUUCCACACUGAAGGUCCGAAUGCAGGGGAUCAGGUGCCUUUUCCGAUGGGUGUUAAUGUUCGAUCUCGAGUCAACAAAAGCAGAAACAGCAGCACAAAUGAGGAUGCGGGAAAUGGCGAGGCCUCUUCAAAUGGUGGGGACUCAUCUUCAGGUUCCACAAAGGAUUUUGAGUGCUGAGAAAGCCCAAGGCUGCUGCUCCUUUUUGUCGUGCUUGCUAAACGCUAACCUUCUUCUACUUCUACUUCUUCUAGAUAACAAACAACAAACAAACAAACAAACAAACAAACAACAUUACCAUAAUUAAUUGAAAGCCAACCCACCUCAAAUUUUCUAAUGUACAUUGAGC